CCUCCCGCCCCAGAGAUGACUGUCCUCGACUGCAGCUUUCCCAGGCGCUGCAGCAAAUCCCGAGCAGCAGCGGCAGCUCCUCCUCCCAACAUGGUGCUCCCCAGCUCAGCCUCACCCUGCCUGUCAGAACGGCCGGACCUUGCCAGGCGCUGAUGACUUCCGCUGCUGUCGAUUUCCUGAAGGGCUGAACGGCAUUUAAACGCCAGCUGCGGCCCCGGGGGAGGCUGCCGCUGAGACCCCGCACCUCCUCCCCAGCGCCGGAGAGCAGCAUGCCCGGCCGGGAGCCGAGCAGCGCGCCAGCCCCGCCUCUCGGACCCGAGAGGAGAAGUGAAUGAAGUUGAGCAUCGCAAUCGCCUCGCAACCCGGCGGGCUGGGCAGAGGCGUUUCCCCUUUGCCUCAUCAUUGCAAUUCGAGACGAGUUUUUGUGCAGACUUGCCUGUUGCAGAGUCAAAAAAAAAAAAAUUACUGAUCAAAGCUGUGGGGGUGACGAGCGAUCCCGGAGGAAAUCAGGGAGAGGAUCGUCUCGUCUUCCGCUGAUGCAAGAUAAAGGACGUUGCUCUGCAGCCACUGAGGGUAUCUCCUUGCCCCCUCCCCAAGCUUCUUGCUCUGCAUGAGAGAGAAUGCGCCUUCCUAGAGGGUAACCAGCAACCCCCGGGGAUAAAGCAGCACAUUUCUGCUCCAUAGUCACAACUGCAGGGUGACUAAAUUCAGGAAUUUGCUGUCUCUGGCUGAGCCACGUACCUCUUCUGCUCUGUGUCGUGAAGACCAAGCUUCACUGAAAGGCAGGCACCUCUCCCACCAUUCCAACAUGUUCAGCUGGCUGGGUACCGAUGACAGGAGGAGGAAGGACCCCGAAGUGUUUCAGACUGUGAGCGAGGGGCUCAAGAAGCUCUACAAAACCAAGCUGCUCCCUUUGGAAGAAUACUACAAAUUCCACGAGUUUCAUUCGCCAGCCCUGGAAGAUGCGGACUUUGAUAACAAGCCAAUGGUGCUACUGGUGGGGCAGUAUUCCACUGGGAAGACCACCUUCAUCAGGUACCUGCUGGAACAGGAUUUCCCAGGGAUGAGAAUUGGACCAGAGCCAACGACUGACUCCUUCAUCGCCGUGAUGCAGGGAGAUGUGGAGGGGAUCAUUCCUGGAAAUGCACUGGUGGUGGAUCCAAAAAAACCCUUCCGGAAGCUCAAUGCUUUUGGCAAUGCCUUUUUGAACAGAUUUGUAUGUGCCCAGCUGCCCAACCCAGUUCUAGAGAGCAUCAGUGUGAUCGAUACUCCGGGGAUCCUUUCAGGAGAAAAGCAAAGAAUUAGCCGAGGUUAUGACUUUGCAGCCGUCUUGGAGUGGUUUGCAGAGCGGGUUGACCGCAUUAUUCUCCUCUUCGAUGCCCACAAGCUGGACAUCUCAGACGAGUUCUCCGAGGUCAUCAAGGCGCUGAAGAACCACGAGGACAAGAUGAGGGUGGUACUCAACAAGGCCGACCAAAUUGAGACCCAGCAGCUGAUGCGGGUUUACGGAGCCCUCAUGUGGUCCCUGGGGAAGAUCGUGAACACGCCUGAGGUGAUCAGGGUCUACAUUGGAUCCUUCUGGUCCCAUCCGCUGCUGAUCCCUGACAACCGCAAGCUCUUUGAGGCUGAAGAACAGGACUUGUUCAGAGAUAUUCAGAGCUUGCCCCGCAAUGCAGCCCUGAGGAAGCUGAACGAUCUCAUCAAGCGUGCACGGCUGGCCAAGGUCCAUGCCUACAUCAUUAGCUCUCUGAAGAAGGAAAUGCCAUCAGUGUUUGGUAAAGACAAUAAGAAGAAGGAGCUUGUGAACAAUUUGGGGGAGAUUUACAGCCGGAUCGAACGGGAGCAUCAGAUCUCACCAGGAGACUUCCCGAAUCUCAGGAAGAUGCAGGAUCAGCUGCAGGGCCAAGAUUUCAGCAAGUUCCAGCCACUGAAGAGUAGGCUGAUGGAGACAGUGGAAGACAUGCUGGCCAAUGACAUAGCGCAGCUCAUGGUGCUGGUACGCCAAGAAGAGUCCCAAAGACCCAUGCAGAUGGUGAAGGGAGGUGCCUUUGAGGGCACCCAGCAGGGCCCGUUUGGCCACGGCUAUGGUGAAGGAGCGGGAGAAGGAAUCGAUGACGCAGAGUGGGUGGUAGCCAGGGACAAGCCCAUGUACGAUGAGAUCUUUUACACGCUGUCACCUGUCGAUGGCAAAAUAACCGGGGCCAACGCCAAGAAGGAAAUGGUGAGAUCCAAGCUUCCCAACACUGUGCUGGGCAAGAUAUGGAAACUGGCUGACAUCGACAAGGAUGGGAUGCUGGAUGAUGAGGAAUUUGCCUUGGCUAAUCAUCUCAUUAAGGUCAAGUUGGAAGGUCAUGAGCUCCCAAAUGAACUUCCUUCCCAUCUCCUCCCUCCAUCCAAGAGGAAACUGACAGAGUGAAAGGAAGGUCACCAGAGAGAGAUGGGGAGGAGGAGGACAGAGAGAAGACUCAGAGACAUGUUUACUUAAAUUAUACCUUUAGAUGUCAGGUCACCUUUGGAUUUGUAAUAAUUGUAAUGUAUAAAAGAAAACAAAAAAGCCCAGCCCUUUCUCACAAUAACAUACAAUUAGCUCUUCCUAUGUAAUCUCCCUGUUUCCUAAUAUGUAGUCUGUAAUGAUGAAGGAAAAAGAAAUGCGUAGAGGCAGUGGCAGAAGUUAAGAGAUGAGAGUGCGGGGGAAGAAUCAAGGGGGCUGUGUCUUCUGGGGUUGGAUUCAGCGUGAGUUAUCUGAAGAUAAAUCUCCCAAGUCAUUCCUGAACUUCAUCCACGUUAUUUCUGAGACACAGCCUAAGAUUUGUGAAAUACCUGGUGGGGAAGGAGCAACAAUGCAAAAGUCCCUGAGCUGCAGGACAACAUAAAAGAGCACAUUGUAGUUAGUGACAAGCCCACACGAUAAAAGUUCCCAUGGACAUGGUCCUAUAGAGGUGACUGUAAUCUGGAUCCAGAUCCACUGAUGAAUUUUCCAAAUGGCCUCUGUCAUUAGGGCGGGCUCAGCCAAAACAGCAGAUCUGAACUGAUGCAAACAUCAGUGCUUUUGAAAUCUAGGUCUGAAUUUGGCAGCAUGAAUUCCUCUAACUACAGUAGGUAAGACCCAAUGAGCUACUGAGCACCUGUAUUUCCCAUUGACACCAGUGGGACAUUCCCAUACAGAGCAUGGCCAAGCAAAUGAUAAUGCAUCCCAUAGGAAAACAAGAGAAGGAGAGUAGAAAGGCAGGGAAAUAGCUGACUGUUUAGAGGCAAAGAUCAGAUGAUUUAGACAGGAGGAAUUUCCGCUUGCUUCAUCAUCUCCCAAUAAUCCAUUAACUGUGUUAUUUGGAACUGCUCAGUGUUUUCCCCAUCUGAAAACUUGUUGGAUGAUGGAUGGUCUUUAUCAUUCCUAGAAAGUGAUACCUGUUAUCACAAAAGUGUGUAUAGUGAAAACUGCAAGUUCGUGUUCUUAUCUUAAAAUAAAAUCCAGCACUGUCAGAUGACUCAUUCAUUGUCCGGCGCACAGAGGCACCACAUAGCAGUAGGAAGGGCUUGCUGUAUUUUCUGUGUCGUUGUGAACAACAGCCUGGAUACCAGUAAUAAGCCCUUGCUUAGCCCUCAGACAUCUACUGUUUAUUCCAUCCAGAACUUCCAUCCUGAGCCAAGAAAUGUUCAACUCUUCCUUUCAUUCACUAUGGAAUUUCUGUAUCUCUGGGAUUUUACUUUGGUUAAGCUUUGUUU